AUGGUCAUCGUCACACGGGGAGAUUAUAUAUGGAUAGAACCAAUCUCAGGAAGAGAAUUUGACGUCGCGAUCGGAGCGCGAGUAAUCUCAGCAGAAGGCAGACGUAUCCAAGUAAAGGACGACGAUAACAAGGAACAAUGGUUAACACCAGAGAGACGGAUAAAGGCCAUGCAUGCCACUUCGGUGCAAGGUGUAGAAGAUAUGAUCAGUUUAGGAGACCUCCAUGAAGCUGGAAUUUUGCGAAAUUUAUUAAUACGUUACAACGAGAAUCUCAUUUACACAUACACAGGCUCCAUUCUGGUCGCCGUCAAUCCAUAUCAGAUACUGCCUAUUUAUACCGCGGAACAAAUCAAACUCUACAAGGAUCGUAAAAUCGGAGAGCUGCCACCUCACAUAUUUGCCAUCGGCGAUAAUAGUUAUGCGCAUAUGAACCGAUAUGGCCAGGAUCAGUGCAUAGUAAUUAGCGGCGAAAGCGGAGCCGGAAAAACAGAAAGUACGAAAUUAAUUCUACAAUAUUUAGCAGCGAUCAGCGGGAAACAUUCAUGGAUCGAACAGCAAAUCUUGGAAGCAAAUCCCAUACUCGAAGCCUUUGGCAAUGCAAAAACCGUGAGAAACGAUAACUCUUCCCGUUUUGGCAAAUAUAUCGAUAUUCAUUUCAACGAACAGGGCGUAAUAGAAGGAGCUAAGAUUGAGCAAUAUCUUUUGGAAAAGUCACGAAUCGUAUCUCAAAGCUUGGAUGAAAGAAAUUAUCAUAUUUUUUAUUGCAUGUUAGCUGGUCUUUCAAGGGAAGAGAAACAAAAACUCGAACUAGAGGAUGCAUCUACGUACAAAUAUCUCAUAGGAGGUAGCAGUAUUACUUGCGAAGGGCGUGAUGAUGCAGCUGAAUUCGCCGACAUAAGAUCGGCUAUGAAGGUUCUGCUAUUCUCCGAUAUGGAAAUUUGGGAAGUGCUUAAAUUGCUUGCGGCUUUGUUACACAUGGGCAAUAUAAAGUAUAGAGCCACUGUCGUAGAUAAUUUGGAUGCUACAGAGAUAACGGAACAAACGAAUGUACAUAGAGUGGCAUAUUUACUAGGAGUACCAGCACAAUCUUUGAUAGAUGCGCUCACUCGCAGAACUAUAUUUGCACACGGUGAGACAGUAGUUUCCACAUUGUCGAGAGAUCAAUCGGUCGACAUCAGAGACGCGUUCGUGAAAGGUAUAUAUGGCCGAUUAUUUAUACACAUUGUAAAGAAAAUUAACGAGGCCAUAUAUAGGCCAAAGAACAAUUCCCGUAGCGCUAUAGGCGUAUUAGAUAUCUUCGGUUUCGAGAAUUUCAAUCACAAUAGCUUCGAGCAGUUUUGUAUCAAUUAUGCCAACGAAAAUCUCCAGCAAUUCUUCGUUCAACAUAUAUUCAAACUGGAACAAGAGGAGUAUAAUCACGAAGCGAUAAAUUGGCAGCAUAUAGAAUUCGUCGAUAACCAGGACGCUUUAGAUCUGAUAGCGAUUAAGCAGCUCAACAUUAUGGCUCUUAUUGAUGAGGAAUCGAAAUUUCCGAAAGGUACAGAUCAAACCAUGUUGGCGAAAAUUCACAAAACUCACGGUAGUCAUAGAAAUUACUUGAAACCUAAAUCAGACAUCAACACAUCCUUCGGCCUAAAUCAUUUUGCGGGGGUUGUCUUUUACGAUACGAGGAGUUUUCUAGAGAAAAACAGAGAUACAUUCAGCGCGGAUCUAUUGCAGCUUAUUCACAUAUCAUCGAAUAAAUUUCUCCAAGCUUGUUUCGUCGAAGAUAUCGGAAUGGGAUCGGAAACUAGGAAGAGAGCGCCCACAUUAUCGACACAAUUUAAAAAAUCGCUGGAUUCUCUCAUGAAGACUCUCUCCAGUUGCCAACCUUUCUUCAUAAGAUGCAUCAAACCGAAUGAAUAUAAAAAACCAAUGAUGUUCGAUCGAGGUCUUUGCUGUCGACAAUUAAGAUAUUCCGGCAUGAUGGAAACUAUCAGGAUUCGUCGUGCUGGUUAUCCUAUUCGUCAUUCCUUCCCCGAGUUUGUGGAAAGAUACCGAUUUCUCAUCUCGGGUAUUCCACCCGCGCACAAGGUGGACUGUCGUACGGCGACUUCAAAAAUUUGUCAUGUGGUGUUAGGUCGAUCAGAUUAUCAGCUUGGGCACACCAAAGUUUUUCUCAAAGAUGCUCAUGAUCUCUUCCUCGAGCAGGAACGCGACCGCGUACUGACGCGAAAGAUCCUGAUAUUACAGCGCAACAUUCGCGGCUGGGUCUAUAGGAGGAGGUUUUUGAAGAUGAGAACGGCGGCAAAGAUCGUACAGAAGUAUUGGCGAGGCUACGCUCAACGUCAACGAUACAAACGUAUGCGAGUCGGUUACAUGCGACUACAGGCGCUCAUCAGGUCGCGUGUAUUGUCACAUAGAUUCAGGCACUUGCGCGGCCAUAUCGUAGCACUUCAGGCGCGAGCACGGGGUCACCUAGUGCGUAAGAUGUACCAGAAGAAGUUGUGGGCUAUAGUAAAGAUACAGGCGCACGUGAGAAGAUUGAUCGCGCAGAGACGAUACAAGAAAAUCAAAUAUGAGUAUAGAUUGCAUAUAGAAGCACUGCGAUUAAGAAAGAAGGAAGAACGCGAACUGAAGGACCAGGGUAACAAACGAGCUAAGGAGAUAGCGGAACAAAAUUACAGGGAGCGCAUGCAAGAGCUAGAGCGAAAAGAAAUCGAAAUGGAGCUCGAAGAUAGACGACGAAUGGAAAUUAAGAAAAAUUUAAUUAACGAUGCAGCCAAGAAGCAAGACGAACCAGUCGAUGAUAGUAAACUAGUCGAAGCUAUGUUUGACUUCUUGCCAGAUUCUAGCAGCGAGGCUCCGACUCCGGCGAGGGAAACGUCCGUAUUUAACGAUCUUCCUGCACCAAAAGCCGAUCAGCAAGAGAUACUUAGCCCGAUUCAAAUGGCUUCGGAGGAUGAGGAGGAUUUAUCUGAAUUCAAAUUCCAGAAAUUCGCGGCCACAUAUUUUCAGGGCAAUAUCACGCACCAGUAUUCGAGAAAGCCGCUCAAACAUCCAUUAUUACCAUUACAUACGCAAGGUGACCAAUUGGCCGCUCAGGCUCUAUGGAUAACUAUACUUCGAUUUACGGGCGAUUUACCCGAGCCGCGAUUUCAUACUAUGGAUAGAGACACGACUUCGGUGAUGUCGAAAGUAACAGCAACGCUUGGACGGAACUUUAUAAGAAGCAAAGAGUUUCAGGAAGCUCAGAUGAUGGGCAUGGACCCUGAAACCUUUCUCAAACAAAAACCACGUUCCAUCAGGCACAAGCUUGUGUCGCUAACUUUAAAGCGAAAGAACAAGCUAGGCGAGGACGUGCGAAGAAAAUUGCAGGAAGAUGAAUAUACUGCCGAUAGCUAUCAAUCCUGGUUAGAAGCUAGACCAACAUCGAAUCUCGAGAAGCUGCAUUUCAUCAUUGGCCAUGGUAUAUUGCGCGCCGAAUUGCGGGAUGAAAUAUACUGUCAGAUUUGCAAACAACUGACCAACAAUCCAUCUAAAUCGUCGCACGCACGAGGCUGGAUCUUGCUAUCCCUCUGCGUCGGCUGUUUCGCGCCCUCGGAGAAAUUCGUCCACUAUCUGCGAGCCUUUAUCAGAGAAGGACCACCUGGUUAUGCACCCUAUUGCGAGGACAGAUUGAGGAGAACUUUUAACAAUGGUACGCGCAAUCAGCCGCCAAGCUGGUUGGAACUUCAGGCUACGAAGUCGAAAAAGCCGAUCAUGUUGCCGAUCACUUUCAUGGAUGGUAACACAAAGACGCUGUUAGCCGAUUCGGCUACCACCGCUAGAGAAUUGUGUAAUCAGCUUUCCGAUAAGAUUUCGUUGAGGGACCAAUUCGGUUUCUCUUUGUACAUUGCUCUAUUUGACAAGGUGUCAUCUCUGGGCAGUGGUGGCGAUCAUGUGAUGGAUGCUAUUUCUCAGUGCGAGCAAUACGCCAAAGAGCAAGGUGCUCAGGAGCGAAAUGCUCCAUGGAGAUUAUUCUUCAGAAAGGAAAUCUUUGCACCUUGGCAUGAGCCAACUGAGGAUCAAGUGGCCACGAAUCUAAUUUAUCAGCAGGUGGUGCGCGGUGUCAAAUUUGGCGAAUAUCGUUGUGACAAAGAGGAAGAUUUAGCGAUGAUUGCAGCACAGCAAUAUUAUAUAGAAUACCACACUGACAUGAACAUCGAUCGAUUGUACACCCUUCUGCCCAAUUACAUACCGGAUUAUUGUCUAACGGGAAUUGACAAAGCGAUCGAUCGAUGGGGACAUCUCGUCUUGCAGGCAUACAAGAAGAGUUACUACUUAAAAGAGAAAGUACCAGCAUUACGCGUUAAAGAGGAUAUAGUCAGCUAUGCAAAGUUCAAGUGGCCUUUAUUGUUUUCUCGUUUCUACGAAGCUUAUAGAAAUUCUGGACCAAAUCUGCCUAAGAACGACGUUAUUAUAGCUGUCAAUUGGACGGGAGUAUAUGUCGUUGACGAUCAGGAACAAGUGCUCCUGGAAUUAUCUUUCCCUGAAAUUACCACCGUAUCUAGUCAAAAAACAAACAAGAUGUUUACACAAACAUUCAGUUUGUCAACGGUACGAGGGGAAGAGUUUACGUUCCAAAGCCCAAAUGCGGAGGAUAUUCGCGAUUUAGUGGUAUAUUUCUUAGAGGGGCUGAAGAAACGUAGCAAAUUCGUCAUAGCUCUGCAGGAUUACAAGCCGCCGGGUGAGGCCUCAUCGUUCUUGAACUUUCAAAAAGGGGACCUCAUUAUCCUCGAGGAUGAGAGCACCGGCGAGACAGUGCUUAACUCAGGAUGGUGUAUCGGAGCCUGCGAGAGGACCGGCGAAAAGGGUGAUUUUCCAGCUGAAACGGUCUAUGUUUUGCCUUCCUUAACGAAACCACCUAACGAUAUAUUGGCCUUGUUCAGCAUCGAAAGUACUGAGAGUACUCGUAAGCUCUAUCCACAACAGAUAAACGGUGUGGAUUCGCGCGACAAGCCUCACACUCUUCUAGAAUACGCAAUCGAUCAUUUCCGAACACCGCCAAAAAGAACGAUGUCGAAGACGCUGACUUUAACAUCUGCACGACGUGGUCAUACUGACGAGUUAUGGCAUCACUCCAGGGACCCGUUAAAGCAACCACUUCUAAAGAAACUCGUGUCCAAAGAGGAAUUGGCCGAAGAAGCAUGCUUUGCCUUUAACGCUAUUUUGAAGUAUAUGGGCGAUCUACCAACAAAACGACCGCGCAUCGGCAACGAAUACACGGAUUUAAUUUUUGACGGACCAUUGAAGAACGAGAUUUUACGGGAUGAAAUUUACUGUCAGAUUAUGAAGCAGCUCACCGAUAAUCGCAACAGAUUGAGUGAAGAGCGGGGGUGGGAAUUAAUGUGGCUGGCCACUGGAUUAUUUAUUUGCAGUCAAAGUCUUUUAAAAGAAUUAACUCUAUUCCUGCGUACAAGACGUCAUCCUAUAUCACAAGACUCUUUACAAAGAUUACAGAAAACUUUGCGUAAUGGCCAACGGAAAUAUCCGCCGCAUCAAGUGGAAGUAGAAGCUAUCCAGCAUAAAACCACGCAAAUAUUUCACAAGGUCUAUUUUCCAGACGAUACAGACGAGGCGUUCGAAGUUGACUCAUCUACUAGAGCGAAAGAUUUUUGCCAAAACAUUGCGCAAAGACUCAAUCUGCGAUCGGCUGAAGGUUUUAGCUUGUUUGUUAAAAUCGCCGAUAAAGUCAUUUCUGUCCCAGAAGGAGAUUUCUUUUUUGAUUUCGUACGACAUUUAACCGAUUGGAUCCGGAAAGCUAGACCGUCACGUGACGGGGUUCUGCCGCAAUUCACAUAUCAAGUCUUCUUUAUGAAAAAGCUUUGGACAAAUACAGUUCCUGGUAAAGACAGAAAUGCCGAUUUAAUUUUCCACUUCCAUCAAGAACUCCCCAAAUUGCUAAGAGGCUAUCAUAAGUGUAUGAAGGAAGAAGCCUCGAGAUUAGCAGCUCUGGUAUAUAGAGUACGAUUCGGCGAAAACAAACAAGAAUUACAAGCAAUUCCGCAAAUGUUGAGAGAACUCAUACCAGGAGAUUUGAUCAAAGUACAGACUGUUAAUGAUUGGAAAAGAUCGAUAAUCGCCGCUUAUAAUCAAGACGCUGGCAUGAGUCCAGAGGAUGCAAAAAUCACAUUCCUAAAAAUCGUAUAUCGAUGGCCGACAUUCGGUUCCGCGUUUUUCGAAGUGAAACAAAGCACGGAACCAAACUAUCCUGAAUUACUAUUAAUCGCCAUCAAUAAACAUGGUGUGAGUCUAAUACAUCCUCAAUCAAAGGACAUAUUGAUUACACAUCCUUUUACGAGAAUCUCUAAUUGGUCGUCCGGCAAUACUUAUUUUCACAUGACGAUAGGAAAUCUUGUACGAGGUUCGAAACUUUUAUGUGAAACCUCGCUGGGUUAUAAGAUGGACGAUCUUUUGACUUCUUACAUUUCGUUGAUGCUCACGAACAUGAACAAGCAACGCACGAUACGAAUCAAAUAAAAAUAAUUUCGUAGUAUUUUGCAUUAUUCGACAAACACAUCUCACACAUACACACACACACACACACACACACACACACACACAACUAUCCGCAAUAUUAUCCCAUUAAUUCUACUUCUGAUUGAAAACGCGAGAAAUUAUUUAAACUUUUAUUUCUUCACGUGAGAUAUUCAUCACUGUUCAUGUUACAUUAUUAUACACGACAUAAAAAUUUAUGCAAUCGUUAGAAUUUAAUGCUAUAAUUUAUAUAAAGUAUAGAAAUCGCGCGGGUACAUUUGAUCAUUUACCUGUUAAUUUACGAUUCAUAAUAAGAGAAACUUAAAUAUUUAUGAUUUGUAAGAAAAAAAUAACAAACUAUAUAUGUACACAAGUUGUGUUAGCCAAACGAUUUGUACAUGAUUUAUUUACAGUUAAGAAUUUCACCGCAGCCUUGUAUAAAAUAUUACCAUCCCUAUUUUAAUUAUUAUUAGUGGACGUUCAAACUAAGAUUUUAAAGCACUCUUGUGCGCGCUAAUAUAACACGGGCAUAAUAGCGGUUAUAUGUAUCAAUUUUAAUUGAGAAUAACGCAAUUUGUAAUAACUUCGCGCACCUACAUAACGAAUUACCAGAAAUGUUAUAUCUGUCCAUGAAUAUAUAGGAGUCGCUUAUUUUAUAAAUGACGUGGAUCAAGUGUCAGAAGAUCAUGAAUUUAUAUGAAAUGAAUAAAAUAUGAAUAUAAGCUGAGAUGCGACCUAUAAUAAAAAAAAUAUCUCAAAUAUCGCUUUGUCUAUAUACAGAGUAUUUUUUUCGAAAUGAACGCCUCAUAUAAGAAUGUAAUUAAUUCGCUUUUAUAAUUGUGAAUAAAAACGACCAUGUUCUCUACA